ACAUGCUUUUCAAUUUCACUUCAAUACAAAGAGAGAUUCUAGUUGUGUUUUGUGGCUCUUAUUCAAGCUCCAACAGUUGAGGAGCACACACACAUACACAUACACAACAUAUAUAGCUAUAUAUAUAGCAUAUGUUUAUAUUCUCAAAUUAAAUUUCUGUCCAUAUAUUUAUUACAAGGAAUAUUACAUAUAUUAGAAGUUUGUAAUAGAAAAUAUAUAUAUUUAGAAAAAUUAUAUUAAAUGGAGACUAAGAUUAGUACUUCAGAAUUGGUUCCAUUUAUAAUUAUGGUGAUUAUGGAAGGGUGCACAAUAGCACUAACUAUAUUUGCAAAAACUUCAAUAACCAAUGGAAUGAGUCCAUUUGUGUUCAUUGUUUAUACUAAUGCUUUGGCUACUAUAAUUUUGUUUCCUUCUUCCUUUUUAUUAAACCACCAAAACCUAAACAGAAAGGAGAAGCCACUUUUUACUUUCUCUUUGUUUAUGAGAUUCUUGCUACUUGGUUUUACUGGAAUAACAAUGACUCAAACACUUUUAUUUUUGGGUCUAAGUUAUAGUUCUCCAAUACUUGUAUGUGCCAUGAGCCACUUGAUCCCAACUUUUAAUUUUCUCCUUAACAUCAUUCACAGGAAAGUAGAGUUGAAUUUGAAAAACUCUAGUAUCCAAGUACAAAUGAUUGGUAUAAUGGUAUCAAUAUUUGGAGCAAUAAUAGCUGAAUUUUUCAAAGGACCACUUAUAAGACCUUCUUCUCAUCACCUUAAACACACUAAGCAACUUUUUAUCUUUUCCUCAACACCUGAAUUUUGGGUUUUUGGUGGCAUUUUACUUGCUGCUGCUUCUUUUUCAGUUUCAAUUGCCAACUUUAUUCAGAAAGAAACUGUUAAGCAAUAUCCAGAACCAAUGAAGAUGGUUUCUUAUUACACCUUGCUUGGUAUGAUACUUAGUGCAAUAGUCUCAUGCAUAUUUGAGAGUGAUGUAAAUGCUUGGAAGCUAAAGCAUAACAUGGAGCUCAUUCUCAUUGUUUUAACGGCGAUAUUUGGGGGUGUGAUUCGUCCGAAUGUUCAAGUUUGGUUGAGUAGAAUGAAGGGUCCACUUUAUGUGCCACAGUUCAAGCCCUUUGGUAUUGCUUUUGCCACCACUUUUGGAGUUUGCUUUUUUCCUAACAGCCUUCAUUAUGGAAGUGUGAUAGGAGCAAGUGUAAUUGGAAUGGGUUAUUAUACAAUAUUGUAUGGAGAAUUCAAAGGAGAUGAAGAUGAGAAAAACUAUGAUGAAAGCUCAGAUUCUUUGGACAAGAAGAUUCCUCUUUUGCAAGAAAAGAUGGAAGAGGUGUAAAUAAAUAAAUAAAUAAAUUUAAAAAAUUCAAAGUUGACCUCUAUUCUCCUGUACAAAUACAAUAGAAGCUGCAUAUAUCAUUUCAAACUUUAUUUUUUGUGGUGAAAAUAUCAUUUCAGACUGAUUGUGAUUUGUUGCAAA